AUGUAUAAAUUUAAGCCUAUUUCAAGGAUUACCAAAGAAGAGCUUUUUGAAUAUUGGUCUAUUACCUUAAUGUUAGAUUUGGGUGUUUUUAAAACAAUUAUGGAAAUUAUAAACCAUAGUAAUACAAAAAUGAAAAGAAACAGAUUUUUUUUGGUUCAAUCAACAACCAAAUUUACAGAUGAUCAAAUUAAAAGAAUUGCAGGUGAAAUGAGUAAUAUUAGUUAUGAUUUGGUAGAAGGAAUUAAAGCUUGCACCCUUGACGAAACUAUAUAUAAAUAUAUCCUAAAUUCAGAUUCAAAAGAGAAAUAUAUUCAAGAUAAUAAUAAAUCUCCAAUUAUGUGUAUACCUCGUAAACCUCAUGAAAAUGGUCUUUUAAGUUAUAUUGUUGGAACCUUUUUAGAACGUAUUCAUCAUUUGUCAUCCCCUAAAAAAAGCCCAGAAUCAUCACCAAAAAGAGGGUCUUUUAAAGAAUUCAAAUAUCCAUAUAUUAUUGAGUUUUUAAACAAGUUAGAUAAUGAAAUAAAUCCCUCAAGUAGUGUUGAUCACGUAUUAGGAACGUAUAAAGAUUUUAAAUUUCAUUUAGUUGGAGAUAGUGCAUUUUUUUCCAAAGAUAAUUUAAAUCAUAUUGUAAAUAAAGGUUGGUUGGCAACAAUUUCAGAUUCCUCAAGUAGCAAUAUUAACACAUUGCUCAAAGAUACAUUAAAAAAUGAUAAAAGUUGGAUUGCAAUAGAACUUGAUGGUUAUUAUAAAGUCUGUAAAAUUGAUGAAAGAGACGAAAAAUUUCCUACAUUUAAAUCAAUUGCAACAACUGGUUUUAAAACUCAAAAUCGUGAAGUUAAUCCAAGUAAAGGUUAUAAUAUUAGUGAUGCAGUGGAUCUUUAUAAAUUAAAUGUUUCAACUUUAAAGAAAUGUUUAGAUUUAGGAGUUUCAAGAUCAAGUAGUAAUAGGAGAAUGGUUAUAUCAAUUUGUGGUAUAUUAUCUCAUUCAACCAACCCCAAUUCGUACUCAUUAUUAUCAGAAGCAAUUCAAAAAGAUACUUUAAAAUCAUAUUCAUUGGUUAAACUCAAAAACUUGCAUCAAGAUUUUAAUUUACCAGCUCCUGCCCAGUUAACAUGUGAAGGUUACAUUUUAGCUCUUACCAGACUUUAUGAAAAUGAAAACUUUGAAUUAGAUUCACUUUUAAAAGACCUUUCCCAAUCUCUAAGAAAGUCUCCUCCAUUAGUAUCAGAUUUUUAUAAAAAACAGUUCAAUGUAAUAGAUAUUCAUAACAGAUAUCUAUAUUCAGGUGGUAUUCAUGAAUAUGUUAAAAAUUGGAGAAUAUUUGCUGUUUCAUGUUUAAUCAAGUCUUAUAUCAUCAAUAUCUCUUCAUUUUAUAUGUCAAUUACAUCAAAACACAUGAAGUUUGAAGAAUUUAAACAAAUUUUCAUACAUAGCAUCAGAGAAGUUAAUUUAGUCCCAAAAAGUCCAUCCUCAAAUCAAAAUCAAAAUCAAAAUUUUUUAUUUAUCCAGAAAUCUUGUAUUUUAACUAUUCACCAUCUUUUUCAAGCUCAGUCAUAUAUAUAA